GUAGCCUCGGCUGGCUCCGCACAGACAGCCAGAGACAGCCAUGGAGAGGUGGAGAGCGGACUGUUUUCUUUGUUAUUUUUAAAGUCAUGCAAUUCGCAACUAUGUCACUGUCCACGGUGACUUGUCCGGGUCCACAUGUCCGAUGCAGCCGAAAGCAGCAAGAAGAUUUCCACCGGAGUUUUUUUGCAGCGGAGUAAGUAGAGGUCUGGAUCUCAUAGCGUUGCAGUGUGGGCUCUACCGGGACGUGGUUUGUGGAUGCUGCGACUAUGAGCAUAAGCGACAAAAGGGACUAUUUAGAAGAAGGAGGCAGCUUUACUGAGGAUGCGCCCAGGCCUCCAGUGCCAGGGGAGGAAGGUGAGCUGGUACGCGGUGGUGGACGCCAGUACAGCAACCCUGGCUUCUCCUCAAAGACAGAGAGCCUUAAAUGUGAGGCGUCUGUGGCUACACCCAGGCGACCUGACUUAGACCUGGGGUAUGAGCCAGAAGGGAGCGCCUCCCCGACACCACCCUACCUAAAAUGGGCAGAAUCUCUUCACUCGCUCCUGGAUGACCAAGAUGGUAUCCUUCUGUUUAGGACGUUCCUAAAGCAGGAGGAGUGCGCAGAUAUGUUGGACUUCUGGUUUGCGUGCAGUGGCUUUCGCAAACUUGAAGCCAAUGAGAAUAAUGAGGAGAUGAAGCUAAAACUGGCUAAAGCUAUCUAUAGGAAAUACAUCCUUGACAACAAUGGGAUUGUUUCCAGACAGAUCAAACCAGCGACAAAAUCCUUCAUCAAAGACUGCGUCCUGAAGCUCCAAAUUGAUCCUGCAAUGUUUGAUCAGGCCCAGACAGAGAUACAGACAAUCUUGGAGGAAACCACCUAUCCCUCAUUUUUAAAGUCUGACAUUUAUUUGGAAUAUACACGGACAGGAGGAGAAAGCCCCAAACUGUACAGUAAUCAGAGCCCUGACUCAGGAAACAGAAAAGGGCUGUCGGGUUAUUUACCACCUUUAAAAGAAAAAAAGGAGUUGAGCUAUGAGGACGAGCCAGAAGAGCAGCCCAAGUGUGAACCCUCAAUGAGCAACCGACCUACCCAGAGGCUGCUGAAGGAGGCGGCACCACAUCAUGUCCCCAACACCCCGAGAUUCCAGGACAGUCCUGAGUACAGGCUUGCACCGUGUCACGAGCCCAUCAACCCACACCCCAUCAAAUUUGUUUAUGAUAUGGCUCCUGCAACCAGCGCCGUCGACAGUGAGCAGCAGAGUAUGUCGAGUGACCCAGACACGGUUUCUCUCACGGACGUCAGCGUAGAUGGAGUACCACCCUGCAGAUACCGCAAACCGGAUCGCCGGGAGAUGCACGAAAGUGCCAAAGUAAAUGGGCGAGUGUCACUACCUCAUAUUCCACGCACAAACCGGAUUCUAAAGGAUAUCCAUAUGGAGCCGGAAAGGUUUGCUGCAGAGCUGAUCCGCAGGCUGGAGGGCGUGCUGAGGGAGAGAGAGGCUCAGGAGAAGCUGGAGGAGCGGCUGAAGAGAGUCCGAUUGGAAGAGGAAGGUGAUGAAUUCAUGUCCACAGCCGCAGCCUUACCCAGUCCUAGGUUCCCCCCUGGUGCUUAUUCCCAGAACUACAACUCUCGUUAUGCUGACUUCACCUAUGCUGCUCCUUUGAUGGGAGACUCCCACGAGGAGAACCCUGAGAGCAUCCUUGAUGACCACGUCCAGCGGGUGAUGAAGACGCCCGGCUGCCAGUCACCGGGCACGGGUCGUCACUCUCCCAAGUCACGCUCACCAGACGGUUUCCCAGGAGGCAAAGCGACGGGACUGUCCUCAAGCCAGGGUAAACAUCUGCCCAGGCACGGCCCCAAGGGAGAGAGCGGCCACCUGCACCACCACAAGCACAUCCACCACGUCCAUCACGCAGGCAACGGGAAGCCCAAAGAGCAGGUGGAGGCUGAGGCAGCAAUGCGUGUGCAUGGCAUUAAUCCCUGGAGCAUGGAGGCGAGUCACUGUGGAUCAAAGUCCCGCAGCUACGCUGACGGCAUGGGAUCAAAUCCUGUGGAGUGUGCAGGGUACAGUAGCAAAGGAAGCACUCAGUGCAAAAGAGCAACGAAGAAAAGCGAGGAGGUGCGGCCAUAUGACACGACAGCACCUGCAGAGGAGAUGGAGAAAAACCAGAAGAUCCUCCUGUGGCUGAUGGAAGGACAGAAAGAAAUGGUUCAACAUAAGAGGAGCCCCUAUGGGAGUACCACUGGGUCCAAGAGGACAACAGGCCACGAGGGAUCCCGUCUCGGCUCCGUGGAGCGAACAGGGUCUGUUCACCCGUGCGUCAACUCCACAUUACGAAACAAUGUGCAGCCAUCUCACCCUUUCAUCCAGGAUCCCACCAUGCCCCCCAACCCAGCUCCCAGCCCUCUCAUUCAGCUGGAGGAGGUGCGCAGGCGGCUUGAGGAAGAGAAGAUUAAGACUGGAACUUUACAACCUAAGCAGAGGUAUGUGAUGGAGGUAAUCCAGAGGGGUCGCACCGCAGUCAGGCCUGCACUCUUCCCUCCACUCAGCGUGGUGCCCGCCGUCUCUGACAGCGAGUUCUCCGAGCUUGAACAUAAAGCAAGUAAAAAGCUACCAUGUGAGAACAUCACUGUGGCGUAUUACUUCUGCGAGGAGCUGAUACCGUACAGGACGUCAGUCAAAGGGAGGGUUGUCACACUGGGACAGUUCAAAGAACUGCUAACAAAGAAAGGAAAUUACAGGUAUUAUUUCAAGAAGGUAAGCGAUGAGUUUGACUGUGGGGUGGUGUUCGAAGAAAUACGAGAAGAUGAUGCUAUCCUGCCCAUCUUUGAAGAAAAGAUAAUCGGGAAAGUGGAACGAAUCGAUUGAAGCGCGCAUGUCGAAGAGGAAGGUUUGGGAAAAGUCAGCGAAUGAUUGGCAGAGGAGUGAUGGGAAGGUCGAGAGGAAGUGUUUCAGGAUGGAAACCAGAGGAGCUGAGGAGGAGGUGAUGUGAAGUUGAAGAGUGGAAAGGUCACAGCGGAUGACUCGUGAGGCUUGAGGCUCAGUAGCACCGCUGUCGGUGAUGUGGACUAGAAGAAAAAAAAAAGACCUCAAUCACUUCUUGGGAACGUAAUGUAGCAUUGUAAAGCUAACUAGAUUAAUGAAGAACAAAAUGCUACUAAAGCUACAUAUUUUUGAUAUGAUUUAACAGAGGCUCUCCUCUCUAAGUAACCACACGUAAUUUUUAUACCUAUUGGUACCAGAAGUGUACAGUUUGUGCUAAAAGAUAACAAAAUUUUAUAUCUAUUUAAGUAUUUAAAAUGCUCGUUUUUAAUCCUGUGGACGCAGGAGUGCCCCCCUAACGAAGACGAUCAAACUCCUGAUAGGGCUGAGUUUUCUUUUAAACAAUUCAGGAGCCCUUUGGACUCUAAUGUAUGUGCUGUUAUUUGUGUUGUUACCUUAACUUGCCAGUACUCUGAUCAGUCAGGCUGCACUUUCUUUGUAUUUUACACCACUGACUUUGUCUAGAGCAACAAACCCAGCUGACCAGAGCAGUGAAAACUAGUACAGUCGACCGUAGCCCGGUUCAACAGCCUGGUGUCGUUACUGUAAGACUCUAAAGGGAGGGUUAGGUCACUUUUGAUAAAGUAAUUUAAAGGUAUAAAGUUUGUUGGAUUAAUUCACGACACAGUAUAGGAGACAAUCUUUUACAUCAGCAAAAAAAAAAUCAGCCUUAAAAAAAGGAAGCUGUUUGAGCUGUUUCCUGCCUGACGCUUACUCUAAACCAAUCACAAGUUUUACAAUGAUUUACCAUGUAAGGCUGUGGUAUCACUGCUAAUCAUCCAUUUUUUUCCUGGUCAUUGAAUCAUUUGGAGCCCCUGGAGUCCUGCAAAAGGGAACAUUUGUAUCUUGUGCUCACAAGGUUAUAGGUGGAAGCGAUUGUGAACGCUUCCUUUGUUCAUGGGUGAUGGACGAGGCUUUAACAUUAACUUUAAGGCAAGGCAGGCAAGGCAGGCAAGGCAACUUUAUUUGUAUAGCGCAUUUCAUACACGAGGGCAACUCAAUGUGCUUUACAUUAAAACAUUAAAAGCAUUGGAAACAUUCAGACGAGCAUAAAAGAGCAGAAUUAAAAUGACAAAUAUAAUAAAGCAGAAAAGAAGAAUAUAAUUAGAAAUACAUUUAAAGUAAAUUUAAAAUUUGCAUUUAAAGUUAGUUAAAAUGAGCUAAGAUAGGAAGGCAGUGGCAAAUAAAAAAAUACUUAAUCUUUGAUUAAAAGAGGUGAGAGUUGGAGCAGACCUACAGCUUUCAGGGAGUUUGUUCCAGAUAUGUGGUGCAUAACGACUAAAUGCUGCUUCACCAUGUUUCAUUCUGACUCUGGGGACUGAAAGCAGACCAGUACCUGAUGACCUUAGAGGUCGAGAUGGUUCAUAAAGUAGCAGCAGAACAGCAAUGUAUUUUGGGCCUAAACCAUUCAGUGCUUUUAUAAACCAUCAGCAGGAUUUUAAAGUCUAUUCUCUGACAGACAGGAAGCCAGUGUACAGAUCUAAGAGCUGGAUUGAUGUGAUCUACUUUUUUGGUCCUUGUUAGGACUCGAGCAGCAGCAUUCUGUAUGAGCUGCAGUCGUCUGAUGGACUUUUUAGCGAGUCCUGUUAAGACACUGUUACAGUAGUCUAGUGUGCUUAAGCUCCAGCAUGCCACUUAGUCUGAUAGCAAUAGAAGCAUAUUAAGUCUCUCAUGGCCCCCCCUGCUAAAUGCUGAAGCACAGAAAGCAAUAAUUAAGCUAACUGUGGGAUAGUAUUGCUACACUACAGAGAUAAUGUUGUAGUGUGAUAUAGCACUAUAUAUCAAAGUGAGGUGCACUUGCUCUACAGCUCUACAUCAAGUGAUUGGUAGUGAAUUAUGAGGUCCUCUCUAAACAUAUCACAUGGUUAAAAGCACUGAAAACUGACGUAAUUUUGACUUAAAAAAAUAAAAAUGUUAAAUCUGAAUCUCAUCUCGCGAUUAAAAGAUAAUUUGCAAUAAUGAUGUGAUGUUUAUUGAAAACUUGGAAUCAGUUUGAUGAACUUUACUGCUCAUCUCUUCUUUGACAAAAUACUCUCAUACAGAGAGUCUGUAAACAUAUUUUACAAAAAAAUGUACAAUAAAGAACAAGCACCCUAAUAAUGAAUAGUGAAAAGGCAACUGGUUAAACAUCCGCAAGGCCUAACAUCUGACAACAAGUCAAAAUCCUUGACUGGCUCAGGGUCAGAGAGCUUGUGUGUGCGACCACAGCCAACUUACCACUUUAAUAUCUCCACUGAUUGUGUCUUUGGCUUUUUUUUCUCUGUCCAUUUUUCAUUUUCUCACACAAGCAAUUACUGUUUUUCAGCAUUUCCUGUAGACUGGAGUGUCCUCAAACACCCUGUCUUUUUUUAACAAACCCAAAAAAACAACUGCCGAACUGCAAGGAAACUUUUUUGGGGUGCAGGUGGAGUACUUUGCCUUCACCUGUCAUCUCCUCUGUCAUGAUUUGCGCUGCAGUAGAAACCACAAUAGCACACUAACACAGCAACCAGUGUGAGGAACCAUCCCCACAACCCAACAUUACCAGACUGGUUAAACAGCAUUACAGUAUGCUUAAUUUUAGCACAAUAUCAACAUUACAUUUUUUUAAAAGACGUUUAUUGUAGGUACCAGUUAUUGCAACAGCAGUAUUGCAAAUUAACACAAAGUGACACAAAGAACAAGUUUCAGUGUAACGUUAAUAAAAGUACAUUACAAACUGUAUUCACCCACCCAAAGCAAUGAUUAGCACAUAGGGUUGCAAAGGGGUUUCGAAAAUUUCCGAUAAAUCUCCGGAAAGUUUCUGGUAAAUUUCCAUUGGAAUUAUGGGAAUUUAUGGGAAUGAACUGGGAUUUGAGGGUAAUUUAAUGUAAAGGUAUCAUAUCCAAGCAUAAAUAUUUGUUUUGUUAUAAGCAGACAUCCAUCAAAUAAUACCAUUAAAAAAAUAAUACAAUUAAAACAGAUUUAUUUGUAAGUAGAACUUUAUCAAGUGUUAAAUAUUGAACUCUAUGAUAUUGAACAAUCAAUUAUUUUAUUGAAGAACAAAAACAUGAAUGUUGAGUUAAAUAUUACUCAUCCCCCCGACCCAACCCAUUCAAAAAUGAACAAAAAUGCAAUCCCAACAAAGUCCCAUUCCAAAUGUUAAAUAAAAAGAGCCACUCUCUCUCCAAAAAAGUCCCAUUCAACAUGCAAAUAAAAAAAGCAUCUUCCCUCAAGCUUCUCAAGCCUAGCCUCUGCAGGAUUCUAGAAAUCAUCUGUGCAUGGGAUGGAGGAAUGCACAGUGCAUGUAGGGGGCGUGGUCUCAAUAGCCCUGCAGUAAGCAGUGUGCUUUGUGCAUGUGAUUGAGGAAUAGCAUAGAUAUUCAACUGUACUUGAAUGAAAUCUGGUUGUUUUAGUCAGGAUUAUGCUAAAAUAUAUUUUACCCAACUAUAUUUAAGUUCCCUAUUAAGAGCCAACCUUCAAUUCAGUAAAUUCCUGGUUUAUUCCCAUAAAUCCCAGUUAAUUCCCAUGGACAAUUUCCAACUUUGAAAAUUCCCGGAAUUUUGCAACCCUACUAGCACAUGAUGUAUUUAAUGACACGUGAUUACAAUUGAUGGCAAGCAGGACAGGACAUUAACUUGUGGGCAUGAGUUAUAAACUGAUCACCUCGUGGGACUUCAGGGGCUCCGGAUCAUGUAGCCAAUGGUUAUGUUCAUGCGCAGUCUUCUACUGUAUUUAUUUUGACCCCAGUUGAAGUUUAAAAAAAUGUAAAUCCACACACACAGUAGAAGCAAUAAAAGUGUAAAAGAGAUGAUUUAAAAUUGAAGGUGAAAAUCUAUGCAAAUUGGUUCAUGGUGUUGUUACCCAAAUGAAAUACAACUGUGCAUUCAUUUUAAUGAACUCACUCAGCUUUAGACAGGCUACGUGAGAACAGGCACGCUAUUAAAUACAUUUCUAAAAGUGUUUUUAACUUUGAUAAUUAAUCUUUAUGAUAAAUGACCUUUUUUUUUUAAGUGGUCAGUGCCACCGAAAAUAUGGAAAACCAUAACUGUGUCACUUUGCCAAUUUGCUUUCACUCAUUUCCCGUCUAACGCUAAAUCAAAAUGUGUCAGGGUUAAUUUCUAUGGUUAAAUACUCCUAACAGCAUCAGAGGUCGGUGUGUGAGACAGAAAAACAGCUGCAGGCUUCGUGCUCGCAGUGUAGAGAGGUCAUAUCACAGCGUUUGAAUGAGUAGGCCGCUGAAUGUUGUCACAAUGCUAUCAGAAGUUGAUGCGCUUGAGUUAUGAAAGUCACACACUCAUUUUAAAAUAUACUGCAAGUGCUCUACUGUUUGUAGUUAAUUUAAAGGAGUAAUAAGUAUAGAUAACAUUUAUGGGAGCUGAGGGCUAACAGACACUGAAAUGUUGAAAUCAAGUGAAGAAUAUGUUUAUUUGUUUGUAUUAUUUUAGCACAAAUCCGUACAUUCAAAUGUCUGUAAUCCCCCAAAUUUACCAUCACUGCUUAAUUAAGCAAUCAGUCAAAAAUUAGCUAGAGUGUAGCCGUCUCCAGCUUAUCACAGCAACAUCCUGUGCCUGGCAGAAGAUAAUUGUUUAGUGCAAAUGAUCUACUUUAAAUAGAUCACGAUACACCAAAGACAAAAAAAGGUAGAUGUAGGCACACUCUUGAGAUCCCCGGGCACAUUAGUAUUCCUCUCAUUUCGUGGCAGCACUUAUUAUUUGUCGUCAUUGUUAUAUAUAAAUAUUUAUUUUCAAAUAUUGAAGCUUUGGAAAUAGUUUUUGUCUUCUUGUUGCAACAGCUAUGAAAAACGUCUCAGCCCGUUUAUAUUUCAAUCAGCUCUGUCGCGAAAUGUGAAUGACUCUUUUGCACUGGACUGAAACUGAAAUGAAGCAUGGAACACAUUCAGCUGAAGAAGCCACAUGACAUUAGUAUUCAAGGGCACUGUGUGUGUUUUUUCUCUCUGUAUCAUCUCAUUGUGAAGGAGUCCACAGCGAGGAAUGUGCCACAGUAAAAGCCUGUUUUGUUGCAGGAUAAUAGGAAGUAUGAUGAGCCAACCUUGAAACCAGAGUGCUGUAUCGCAUACGAGAAACCAAGAGUAAGGAAUAUCUCCUGUUUUUGGAAUGCUGUUUUUAAUGCUGCCUUUUUUUGUAGAUUCCUAACUUAAACCAGUUUAAUAUAUUUAGUGCAUUAGUCUCCUGUGGUCCUGUUACUGUUAAAUUAUAUUUUUUGAUUUAAGUACUUUGUGUUAUCUUGUUUAUUUCUGCUGAAAUAGAGUAUCAAAUCAGUUCUUACUGUGAAGGCCCCGAAAGUUCCCUUAUUUAAGGUCAAUGAAAUGUAUACUAAAUAUCAGAGUGCCUUUAUUACUAAGCUAAUCAAGUCUGCAGUGUGACUUCCUGACAAAUAAGGGGACAGAAUCACCAGGGAUUCACUUUGUGUAUGUUUUUGUUUAGUUUUUAUUUUUGUAUCAUCAUCAUUGUUUUGAAAAGUCUUUCUUGUUUUAAUAUUUGUCACUAUUACACCUUUUCUAUGUAAAUAUGUACAAGUUAAAUUGUCAUCAGCCAGCAGCACAUUCAGUACCCUGGACCUGUUUCUGCUCACGAACUAGCAUGGUUACCGUUUUAAGGUACCCGGACAAUAAAUACAUGCAAUAAACCAGCACAUGAAUUCUGA